CCCGGUCCAACUUGUAUCCAAACCGAAGAUAUCCAUAUUCCAUUGGCGGGUAAGGAUCAACAAGCCUUUUCCGGAUUCCUCCCUCCCCUGUCAAGGAACUUUCCUUUCCUUUCUUUCUACUUUCUUCCAUACCCAAAUUCUCCAUCUCAACUCCAUAACUACAAUAAUCGACAUCUCAAUACCUAUCUUCUUCUCAAAACCAAUUCAAUCGAUCAGACAAUCGCCGGCCGUUCAAAUCUUUCUCUCCGAUCAGUUAUAAAUAUUCUGACAUGCAACCUGGAGACGCUAGCUCUACGUAUUACCAACAUUACCAGCCUCACUUUCAGAACCCUAACCCUAGCUCUACUCCUGCCGAUCAACCCUACAAUCCGGUUGCCGUUCCCAGCCAAUACGCCUCUGCCCCGCCGGUUGCUUCCGGCGAUUACUCCAAUUACGCGUCCACUUAUCCGCCUUAUUCUCAUCCCUCUGCCGAUCAUGCCCCGUUACCUUCAAACCCCAGCUCUGAAUCGUCCUAUGGUUUCCCCCAUCUUGAGCCUCCGCAGCCCAACUAUUACCCCUAUGAUCAAAAUCAAGCACAUGUGAGUUAUGAUUUUACUGCCUCUAGCGCUAAUUACCACACACCAAAUCCACCUAAUUAUAAUUCAUUGAAUUCGUUAGCUCCGUCCACAGGGACUAAUUAUGGUAAUUCGUUUGACAAUAACUCGAAUUAUGGUUCAUAUGGAGACCAAGGGCUAUACGAGAGUGGUGUUUACAAGUAUAAUGGGAAAAAAGAGGAGUCAUAUAGUGGAAAUCAUCGAUCACAAUCAAGUAGGGGUUUGAUGUUUGAUGAUUAUGGAAGACCUAUCAAUGUUCAAAGUGGGAGGGAGCAGCAGGGGCCUGUGAAUACUCCUAAAGUUGUGAAAGCUACACCUAAGGUUGAGGACCAACACGACGUCACAGGUGGUGUUCUGAAGUUCCGUGUCAAGCUUUUAUCAGAAGGCAUUGGUCAGACUGACAUGGAUGUGCUCUGUCAGAUUGGUCUAGACGGGAUUCGCAUACUUGAGCCUGCGACUAGCAGAACUCUGAGGAUAUAUUCACUCGAGAACGUGACAAAAAUGGAGGUGUUGGAUUCAUAUAUAUUUGCAUUUUGGGCUAAAACUUCUGUCGACAAUGAAGCUAAACGUAUCAGGAUGAAAUCAAAUAGCUAUACCACAAAUAAUAUUCUUGAUGCAGUGACAGCAGCAAGUAUUCAGGUCAAAGAGAUGGGCGAGAGUAGUAUGCCUUCAGAUGCAAUAAAGGGAUCCGAGUCAGAUGCUGAGAAGAAGAAAGGUUUUGACUGGAUGAAGUUGAUGAGGCCACUAAAUGAAGAGAAAGAUCACUGGGUUCCUGAUGAAGCAGUUCGAAAGUGCACUGCUUGUGGGACAGAUUUUAGUGCUUUUGUACGAAGGCACCACUGCAGAAAUUGUGGGGAUAUCUUCUGUGACAAAUGUACUCAAGGUAGAACUGCUUUGACUGCAGAUGAAGAUGCCCAACCAGUUCGAGUUUGUGACCAAUGCAUGGCUGAGGUAACUCAAAGGCUCAGCAAUGCUAAAGCAGCAGUCAGAGUUGCUGCAUUGCCGAGUCAUGUAGAUCUUGCCAAAAAACUCCAGGAGGAGAUGGACAAAAAGUGGAAGAAAUCAGCAGGUCAUACAUCCCAAGGAUCCAGGAGGAUGAGAGAGGUUGCAUGCCCAACUUGUACAGUCCAUUUGCAGGUUGAAGUCCCAGCUUCUGGAUCAGAAACGAUAGAGUGCAGCAUCUGUCAGCACCCAUUCCUUGUUAGUGCUCAUUGACAGGCAGGGUCUGUAUGGUUUUCUCUGCAAUUAUCCUAUAUGCAGGGAUGGAUUAGAAGCCACCACAAUGGUCCUUCCAUUUUUAUAUGAUUGUUUUCAAAGGGUAUCAAGAUCUGCAUUUAUUGGUUUUUGCGUUAACUCUCUUUCAAUCAUGUAGAUUUAUAGACGGUAGUCAGUUCUACGAGCUUUUACUUUGUUGUGUGCAUGUAUAGUACACGUGCUUCAUGUUGUGAAGCACUUGCAAAAGUGAUUCCCACAUAAUAUGAUGCGAAGGGCAUGAAACUAACUUGUUCAGUUCAUUGUGCAAAUUAAUCAAUUUUCUGCAUUUUGAAUCCUUUA